UAGAAAGAAGGGUGAAUUAAUAGUAGACGAAAUUAAAAUAGCAGAAAAGUCGUGGAUUAAAGAAAGCCAGGGAAACUUAUUCCAUAAUGAAAUAAGUUGUUUGAAGAAGUCUGGACAGAUUGACAAAGACAGUUGCUUGCGACAGCUGACACCUUUUUUAGACAAAGACGACAUUCUUCGCGUUGGUGGGAGGAUUAGUGAGGCCGACGUUAAUAGUGAUACUAGGCACCCCAUCAUUUUGCACCCAAAAGACAAUUAUACUCGUCUGCUAAUGCACCAGUAUCAUCAAGACGCAACCCAUACAGGACGAGAGCUGGUCUUCAAUAAUUUAAGACAGCGUUUUUGGGUAAUUGGUGGAAGAAAUGCUGUCAAAUCUGUCUGGAACGACUGUCAAGCAUGUAAAAUAAGAAGAGCAAGACCUGACCCACCUUUAAUGGGACAACUACCCGAAGUACGACUGACAGCUGGUGGACGACCAUUCCAGUUUACGGGCUUGGACUACUUUGGUCCCAUGCUGGUGAAGGUAGGCCGUCAUCGUGAGAAGAGGUAUGGGGCUCUUUUCACCUGCCUCACGGUAAGGGCAAUCCAUAUUGAAGUGACACAUGACCUGUCGACUAGUAGCGCGAUUAUGGCUAUCCGGCGAUUCAUAGCCCGACGUGGAUGCCCAAAACAAAUAUGGAGUGACAACGCCACUACUUUUAAAGGAGCCGACCGUGAGCUUAAGCAGUCCGUAGCAUCCUUAGAUAAGGACGAAUUACUUCGUUUUGGCACUGUAAAGGGCAUCGACUGGCAUUUCAUCGCACCCAAUGCUCCUCACAUGGGAGGCUGUUGGGAACGAAUGGUGAGAUCCGUCAAGACAGCGCUUCGUGUCACUCUAAAAGAGACGGCCCCGAGUGAUCAAGUGUUGUCUACGUUACUUACCGAGACAGAACAUUUUGUAAAUAACAGACCCCUGACGUACGUACCGAUUGAGAAGGACGACGACUUACCAUUGACACCAAACAGCUUUUUGAUGACCAAGACUGAUUCUGUUGACUUACCUGUUAGUAUCUGUAAUGACGGUGAGGUAUUGCGACGAUCCUGGAGGCACUCUCAACGGCUUGCCGACUUGACCUGGAAACGCUGGAUCAAGGAGUACCUCCCAACUUUGACACGACGAGACAAAUGGUUCCAGACUGAGACACGACCACUGACUAUCGAUGACAUUGUCAUUGUGGUCGAUGACCAACUUCCCCGCAACCUGUGGCCCAAAGGACGAGUGACAGCUGUGUACCCUGGGAAGGACGGUCGGGUCCGAGUAGCUGAAGUGCUGACUUCGACCGGACUAUAUAAACGGCCAGCAACGAGGCUCGCCAGACUGGACGUCCGCACUUAGAGUAUUGGUUUCCAAUACUGGAGGUGGGGAUGUUGCGGCCUCCUUGACAGGACUGCUUGCUGGCCGGAUAUAAGACGUAACUAGGACAGAGGAAAGAAUUGACAAGACAGACUCGACAAGGAAAAA